CGGAGACGAUCCAGGCUGUAGUAUGCAUUCAACCUUUAUUUGAGGCUCGUGUUGGAAAGAGCUUGUGCAAGUGUGUCAGAAGUUGAAUAAGAAAAUACCGAGAUAAAAUUCUGAAGAUCGUGAUCAGCAGUAUUCUUCAGAAUGGGGAUCCCAAGCAUGAAUAGAGUUGAUGAAAGUGGAUACUAUGAUGGUAGUCGGGUCUUUUCCUGGCUGUCUGAGCCUCUUGGUCUUUCUGUGGACCAGAUCAACUUCUUGCUGAGUCAAUUCUCAGCAGUUGGUGCAGCUUUUGCCUUUCGUUACUACCUUCAUAAUUCCAGAGUUGCACCAGAAACACGUCAUGGAGCUGCAUUGCUUUUGGGAUUGAUCAUGGUUGUCUUUUGCUUUGGAAGGCAGGCAUUACAUCUUGCUUGCCUCUCAAGCAUUUCAUAUGCCAUCCUGAUGACUGCUAGUCCCAAAAUCUCACAAAGGUUGGUUCUUAUCACUUCGAUGCUUUACUUAUCACUUGUCCAUAUCAAACGGCAGUAUUAUAGCUAUAAUUCGUACACGCUCGACAUAUCAGGUCCUCUAAUGGUCCUGACUCAGAAGGUGACCAGUCUCGCAUUUUCGUUACACGAUGGACUUGCUCGUAAACCCGAGGACUUGACCCCUUUUCAAAAGCAGCAGCUCAUUCGCAAGGUCCCAAAUCCGCUUGAAUAUUACAGCUAUGUUUUCCAUUUUCAUGCGGUUAUGGUUGGACCGACAGUUCUUUUUGCGGACUAUACAGAUUUUAUAAACGGGAAACAUUUUUCAAAGAGAUCUAUCGAAGAGAAGCCAUCAAAAGAGACAGGAACUGAAACUCUUGAAGAUGAAUCUAACUGUGUAAUUGCCGCUCCGGAACCUUCAGCCGUGACGAUCGUUUUUCAGAAGCUCUUUUUUAGCCUCUUAUGUGCUGGUCUUUUCGUUAAGCUUACACCCAUGUUCCUCGUAACCCGGGUCAAAGAUAACGACUUUGUAGAAAACACUUCGUUGUUUGGCAAGACAUUUUUUAUUCUGGUAUCGACCACAAUCGCACGCAUGAAAUAUUAUCAUGCAUGGCUUUUGGCCGACGCAAUUUGCAAUGCCUCUGGAUUAGGUUUCAAUGGCUACACCGCAUCCGGCAAAGCGAAAUGGGACUUAAUAUCCAACGUCGAUAUUUUGAAAUUUGAAUUUGGUUUGAGCUUGAGAGACAGCAUUGAUAACUGGAACAAGUUCACCAACCGCUGGCUUCGUUUCGUAGUUUAUGAACGCACAAGCCGCUUCCAAACCGUCCUUACCUACUGUUUGUCUGCUAUGUGGCACGGAUUUUACCCUGGUUACUACAUUACCUUUCUUGGUGGAGCGCUUUGCACGUUAGCCUCAAGGGCCGUUCGACGCUCAGUUCGUCCGUUCUUUUUGAAAAACCGAGCAACCCACCGUUUUUACGACGCUCUAACUUUCAUUACAACGCGGAUCGUUAUGGCCUAUCUGACUUUCAGUUUCGUUCUACUUGAAUUUUGGCCAUCGAUUCGUCUACUUGCGCACAUGUACUUUUGGAUUCAUUUGCUCUCCUUGGCAGCCAUCUUUCUUCUUCCGAAGUUGCUUCCACCUCCAAAACCCAACAAGGAACAACUGGAGCAGCAAAGGACCUCCGUGAUCGGUAAUCGUUCUUCCUAGAUAAAAGGUCGGAUUUUGCAUUUAUAGAAUGUUGGAUUUCCCCCUAUUAUUUGAUUAAGAGGGUUGCGUCUUUUCGAAAUCAUUGAAUGGGAAUGGGAGAGUUGACAUUCAACUAACACGAACCUUUAUUUAAUCAAUGACAUGCAACUAAAUUGCUUGUUAUCGACCUAAUUAUAUCCUUAGCAAGUUGGGGGGGGGGGGGUUCUCUCUUCUUAAAUGUCUGAAAAUUCUAUUGCAUUAUUUUCAAAUACGAUUAAUCAAACUGGCACACAUAUAAGGAAGCACAUUUCGCACAGAAAAACUAAGCAGUUCCACGUCCCGCUAGUGUGAUCAGAGUUGGUAUUCAGCAGCUAUAAAUCUUUUUAUUUUUCCCAAACAGUUUUAAACGCCUGUAAAGAUAAAAUAUUAUAAAUGUCGUCCUAUUUGACACCUAUUGUGAUUUCCUUUGGAUGUGACAAAACUUCAACGUAUUCUUGGAUGUGUUCCUUGCAUAUAAGUGUUAAAUUACUACAUACACUUAACGGUGUUCGGAGA